AUGGUAUAGGAACAUGGAAUGCAUGAUGUCUCAAACAUUUCAGUUAUGGAAGCGGGACAUGUGAGUGGAAAUGAUAUUGGCAGUGAUUUGAAAACGAAUCAAGAAGCUACUCCCAGUGAAGAUAAUCAAGUUUCUGCGGACAAAAAUUCAAUAUUAUCCCCCUCUCAUCCAUCAUCUUAAUUCAUCUAGUGAAGUCAUCUCAUCGGGUUCAACUGGAACCAGUACAGUGAUUGCAGCCAUCAGUACCCUUUUCAGGAUAACAUACUGAAGAAGAGAUUCCGUUUAGCUCUAUGCCCAACUGCGGACAAUCCGGUGAUGGUUCAGCCACACCAACUCCUCCAACACAGGCCACGGAACGACCGGCUGGAGGCUCCCCUUCUGAAUCCAGGAUUCCAUCACAUGUCUUUGCUAGGACAACUACUACUGGCCCCACCGAAUGGAGUGUUGCUUCCAACGAAUCGUUGUUUAGCAUUCACAUGGAGAACACGAGUUUAAGUAGGGACAGAUUAAGUUGGAUAUCUAAAUCUGGGGAGUUUGGCUGCAACAGUGAUUCCGCCAUUUCUAGUCCAUUGGUUGACAUUCCAAGUAACCUGACACCAACCAGAAAAUCAACAGAAAGUGCCAAGAAAAGUGGUAACUUGAAUGAUGACGGCCGGUAUGGUGUGAGUGAAUCAGCAGUAGCGGCUGAAACAAUGAGGGAGGUUUUAAGGGAGAAAGAAUCUCAGCAUAUAGACAAUGUUGCCAAGGAAUCACCUCAUUUCAGUAGUAUGUCUCAGCAUUCAGAUGGAAGUGUCAAAUCUUUUGCCUUCCCUAUAUUGACAGGAGAUGCAGAUAAAAAUGGUCCACUCAUAAAAAAUUCAAAGAAUAAAAAACAACUGUCACGGCCCUCCACCCCUGAAACAACUCCACACAUUCCUUCGGAAACCGCUAAGACACCGAGCCCUCCGGGAACCCCUAAGCCACAGAGCGCAUCGGAAACCCCCAAGUCUCAGACACCUAAAGCAACCCAAAAUGGAGGUCCAAGAAGAUGGUUCUCUUGCUUCUCCUGUUGCCCAUCCCGUUCUUGCACUUGA